AUGUAUGGUUCUGUUACAGAAAAGCAUCAGGAAAGGGAUGAAGUUGACUGCGUCCUCCUCUCAGCGUCCAAGAUCCUGCACUCCUCUGAGGGGGUAAAGGAAAGUGGUGGCAGUGACACAGAAUACGGCUGCAUAUCAGAAUCAGAAAAUCAAAUUCAACCACAAUCAGCACUAAAAGCCCUUCAGCAUCAAUUGGAAUCAUUCCAGGCUCUCCGAAUACAGACUUUGCAGAAUGUCAGCAUGGUACAGUCUGAAAUCAGUGAAAUAUUAAACAAAAGUAUUAUUGAAGUAGAAAACCCACAAUUUAGCUCAGAAAAAAAUCUAGUAUUCAACACACACAUUGAAAAGCCUAUAGAGAAUCAAGAAGAAAUCCUUUCUGCGGAGAAAAUGCAUCAUCUUGAGGAUCCCUGGACCCUUCAUUCAAUGGAAGAAAAGUUCAGCAGCGGCAGUGUCCACAGUCUCUCUCAAGGUAUAAAUAUUCUACCCCAGAUACAUUUCAAAGACAUAGUAACUCUAAGAACUUCACCAGAUCAUUUACCUUCAAACGUAAUUAUGAACGCUUCAGAAAACUGUGACAUGUUGAAGAAUUAUAACAUUUAUAGUUUUCUACCUAAUGCACCUCAAAAUGUUAUGUGUCAAGCCGAUACAGCCGUUCAGGAUAAACCCAGAAUUACUGUGCCAUUUCCCAAGCACGGAUUUUGUGAAAAUUUAGAUGACAUUUGCCAUUCGAUCAAACAAAUGAAGGAAGAACUUCAAAAGUCACACAACAGGGAACUGGCCCUUACAAAUGAACUUCAGACUUUAAAAAUGAACACAAAUGUUCAAAGUCACAUUAACUAUGACCUGUCCCCCGUUCACAAGGAACAAACUAACUUUAUUAAGGAAGAAAAUACAGAAAGUAACUUAAAUGAAGAUAUAAAAUCAAAGAGAAUUUUAGAAUUAGAGGCAUUAAUAACUAAACUACUCCCACUCAGGGAGUCAGUGUCAAAAUUACAUUUGAAUUUUUGUAGGAAAUGUAAAAAAUUAUCUAAGAGUGAAACACACAGGGCAAAAAAGAAUGAGAGAAACAAUAAAGAAAUUCCUAUCACUGGCAAGAACAUUACAGAUUUAAAAUUCCAUUGCAAACUUCCAAGACAUACACCAUCAUUCUUUGACCCAACAAAAUAUGAAAUGAAAGACAAAGAAAGGCAACCAUUUGCAAUUAAUCGAGGAUCAAUAAUAUCUGAUAAUGAGAAAACAUCCAAAGCCAAUUCUGUGACUGAGCAAUGUGUUGCAAAAAUUCAGUACUUACAGAAUUACCUAAAAGAAUCUAUGCAGACACAGAAAAAAGUUACGGAACUGGAGAAUGAAAAUCUAACCCUUAAAACCAAAAUACAAUCUCUUGUCUUCACCACACAAUCUCUGAUACAAAAAAUUGAAAUAUAUGAAAAGCAACUUAAGAAUUUGGUUGAAGAAAAGAACACUAUUCAGUCCAAAUUAAUUAAAACAGAAGAAGAUGGCAAAGAAUGUCUUAAAGAAUUGAAAAAAUUAAUUAGUAAUUAUAAUGUUCUCCAAGGACAAAAUAAAACUCUAGAGGAAAAAAACAGUCAACUUUCUUUGGAGAAGCAACAAAUGAUAGAAACAUUAGAGCAACUAAAAAGUAAAGAACAAAAAACUCAAAAUGAUAUGGCUGCUGUCAAUAAUGAAAAUAAUCGAAUGAGUAUAGAAAUGGAAUCAAUGAAAACAAAUCUUCUAUUGAUACAAGAUGAAAAGGAAAUGUUAGAGAAAAGAACAUACCAGCUUCUAAAGGAGAAAAGCUCACUUGAAAAUGAAAUAAAAGAAAACCAGCUGGAGAUAAUACAGCUAAAAGAGAAAGAAAGGUUGGCAAAAACUGAACAAGAGACACUUGUUCAAAUAUUAGAAACAGUGAAAAAUGAAAAAUGUCACCUUGAAACAACAUUACAGCAAUCUAUUGCUGCUAGACAAAUGAUGGAAAGAGAAAUUGAGAACAUUCAAACAUACCAAUCUACUGCAGAAGAGAAUUAUCUGAAUGAAAUAAAAAAUGCAAAAUCAGAAGCAGGUAUUUAUAAGAAGAGUUUAUCAGAAAUGGGCAAUGAAUGUGAAAUGUUAUCAAAAAUGGUAAUGGAAAUUAAAACAGACAAUCAGAUUCUAAAAGAAGAACUAAAAAAACAUAGUCAAGAAAAUAUACAAUUUGAAAACAGCAUCAGCAGACUUGCAGAAGACAAAAUACUUUUAGAGAACUAUGUAAGAAGUAUCGAGAAUGAAAGGGAUACCUUGGAAUUUGAGAUGCGGAAUCUUCAAAGAGAUUACUUAAGUUUAACUGAAAAAAUCUGUGGCCAGCAUGGUGACCUUUCAAAAAUGGGUUACAAUUCAAGAAAAGAGAAGUUCCAUUUUGACAACUAUGAUACUUAUAAAGACACCUCUAGUCCCAGGAGUAGGCCUUUAGCUCCUGAUUUGAAAGGUAUGUAUAUUGUGGUGGAUUAG